AUGGAGACAGCCGAUUACAAUCAGAUAACAGCCUUGGUCGUAAUAUCAACGGUAUUAACGAUUAUUACCGCUAUCCUGAUGAUCAUACGGAUAUGGGCUCGAUUCUUUGUUCUAAAGAUAGCUAGCCUGGAUGACUAUAUGGCCAUUGCUUCUUUGAUUUUCACGAUUGGUUAUCUCGCACUUCUCUACCUAGACAAAAAUAAUGGACUGGGUCACCCGAUAGGGACACUGUCGGAUGAGGAUAUGGAAACUCAACUUAAGUCCAAAGAUCGCCUUAGCCAUUGA